UGUUUAAAACAGCCUCAGCUCUCUCACUCAGAUCACUGCGAGACCCGGAGACAGGCACAUACACACUCUGCCUCUCUCUUCCACACAAGCGCUCAUACACACGCCUCACGUACGGAGACGGCAACUUUCCUCUAUCGGACUGGCACAACACAAGGGAGUGACAGAUCAGGAAAAAGCAAGAAAUAAAGAGGAGGUGCCCAGGUGAAGAGGAGCAUUCUGCCGACGGUUCACCUUCUCCAAGAUGGCCAACCUCGUGACAUCGCUGUGCUGUGUGGUUCUGGCCGCCGUGGUGGUCGCCUACGCGCAGAAACGCAGUCAGCUCGCUGCCAGGAACCAAUAUGAGCGAAUGAGCAGUGACGUCACCAUGCAGUGCGGCUCUCUGGCCAACGACGCCUCGGUGUCAUGGAAGGUCAACGGGACGGACGUGAGAGCCCAGCACCGUCUGGAGGGCCCCAGACUGAUACUGACCCAAGUGGACCUGGGCCACAAUGGACUGUACAGCUGCUUCCAGGACCCGAACGGCGAGAGACGGGACACCAUCAACCUCCGCAUCGGCAUUCCUCCUCGGGAGCCGGUGAUCACCUGUAGAUCCAACACCUAUCCUAAAGGCUUCUACUGCAGCUGGCACCAGCAGCACUCCACAUACAUCCCCACUACUUUUGAAGUGGAUCUACAACAUAACCAGCGUUCACUGGAGGUGCAGAAAGAUUCCUUCCAUAAGAACCGCUGCCACGUACGUUUUCCAGAGGUCUUCUCCAGCUUCCCCUACACGGUCAACGUGACGGCCAUCAACGCUUUGGGGAAAUCAUCCAGGACCUUUUCCUUUGAGGAGUCAAGUAUAGUCAAACCGGAUCCCCCCGAGCGAGUGACGGCCACCCCGAUUCGUUUCAACGCUCGAAGGUUGGAGGUCUCCUGGCAAAGUCCUGCCACCUGGCCGGACAUCGACAACUUCCCUCUGAAAUACUUCCUGCGAUACCGACCUCUCAUCAAGGAGCAGUGGCAGCAUGUGGAGUUGUCUGACAGCACCGCCCACACCAUCACCGACGCCUACGCUGGCAAGGAAUACAUCAUCCAGGUGGCUGCCAAAGACACGGAGAUUGGAACAUGGAGCGACUGGAGCGUGGCCGUGCACGCCACACCCUGGAUUGAGGAGCCGGUGCAGACCACCUCCACCACUGACAUGGAGUACCUCACACCAUCCUCUCCGCUCCAUCUUCUAAAGUCCUCCAUGAGCUUCAACUCAUCCACAACUGGGGCUGCACGCCUCCUCGCUCGUUCUCCCAUCGCUAUGGCAACAUCAUCCCUGCCCUACAGGGACUUCACCGGCUACCAAGCCCGCAGUGCAUCCAGUUCAAAAUCCUUCUGGCGACCCUUAAAGUCCUCCACAACGUGGCCCCUGUUCUACCUCUCUGACUUCCUCACCCCUCACAUCCCUGUUAGAAACCUGCUUUCUCCCCAACACUCACCUGCUGUCACCUGCUCAUAG